GUAUGCCACACUACGGAACGGAGACAUUAUAGAGAUUCUUCGGGAUGUUGCCCACAACUGGGUGCUGUACACCGGCAAAGGAUAUGUGGUCCAUCUCGCUUAUUCCACCAAGAAUACGGCUGGCUCAGGAAGCUUCUUCGCCUCGUCUGGUGACGUCAAAACUAUGGUUAAGAAGGAGAGGCUGGAGUUCAUACCUGGGUUCCCACGAGUCCGCGUCAACAACAAAUACGACAGCAGGUAUCACCCGCGGCCUGGCGGUGACAUCAUCAGAGAAGCAGAGAAGAUGGUAGAUGAGGUCCUGCCCUACCCCGUGACGCCCAAAACCUGCGAGCGCUUCGUGGCCGCGCUGAGAUACAACAUGCCUUUCACCGACCAGUUCCCCGAGCCGCACCGAGGAGACCUCCUGGAGUUCCCCAGGGACAGAUUCACUCACUGGGGCUUGUACAUGGGCGAUGGCUACGUGAUUCACUUGGCACCCAUAGGCAGGGGCGGCGGCAGGGUCUUGUCUGGCUAUUUCUCCUCCGUGACGUCGUCCCAUGCCAACGUCCUGAAGGAGCUGCUGAAGGACGUAGCCGGGCCCGGGCUCGAUUACAGAGUCCAGAACAAGGAUCAGAUCCACCCACCCCUCCCGGUCGACGCUAUCAUGCAGGAGGCCGAGGCGAAGAUCGGUACGGUCGUGGGGUACUCCUUCCCCUCCCGCAACUGCGAGCACUUCGUCACGGAGCUGAGAUACGGCCGCGGUUUCUCCGCGCAGGUCAGUGUUCUCCUCUGUACUGACAGUGGAAAAUUCUCCCAGGUGGACAGGAGCAGCUGCCGGUCCCUUCCAAACCCACAGCCCUCGUGACGGUGCCGGUGAGCUGUCAAAAGCUCUGAUGGACUGGCGUCCAUAACUAGCUCGUGGGGAUCGUGUCCGGCUCCUCCGAGCCCCUGUAAGGAUGGAUGGAGGUGUCUUCUCUCCCUCCCCUGUUCUCUAGUCACUCUUGUGAAGUGGCCUUCAUUCGGGCUCAUCCAGGUUUUACCCCUCACCUCACGAUGAACACAGCUCCGUUGGUGUCCUCACUGUUCUAGAUAUUCGGAUUGUACUCCAUUUAUGCAAGGCCAGUUAAUUUGCUCCUCGGCCCAAAUAGGUUUUUAUCAGUCCAUUUGAUUUAUCCCCCUAUGCAUAACUGAGUUUUUAUUAUCUGGCGUUUGCGAUAUGAUGCAUUCGAUAUUGUUGUGUGUCAAGGGGUAUUACACAAGGGGGUUUCUACACAUCGCAGUGCCCCAGCCUUUAAAGGUAAAACAAUGGGCAGAGCUGGGAUGUAGGCAGAAACUGGACCCUUAUCUCAUUUUGUCACUUGAGGCUGCUCAAGUGGUCAACUGCCACACUGCUCAAAGAUCUAGCUGACCAAACAUCUGUCCUAGUUUUUAGCUAAAACUCAACCAAUUGCAGUUAAAGCAGUAACGCAGCCUUCAAGAGGAUAGAUAGAGAGGACAAGAUCAAAAAGAUCCCAUGGAAGAAGUCACAACACAGAACAAGACAGGAGAAGAGACUACGAAAGAGCACAUCCUUUUGACAAAUCAGAGACAGGUAUUUGAGAACUAAAGAGACCUACUAUAGGCUUCAAGUAAGGGACCACUGCCUUACAAUUCUGGAAAUACACAUUUUCUAUUUGUCUUAUCCAAGAGACUACUGAGACAUCUCUUUUGUUUACCGAUGCAUUAUUUGGAAUAGGGAAAAAAGAUCCUCAUUUAUUUAGAUUUCAUUUUAGUGAGACGUUUACUCCCGAGUAGGAGCUCUAUUUAAAAGAAGAUCCCUCCAAAUACAGUAUUUGUGUAUUGGUCAGAGCGUAAGUCAUGUUUUUCCGUGUCUCUAGGGAAAAAACCUGUUGCUCACAGUACUGGAAAUAUCUGUACAAAUUGGUCCCAAUUGAUAUUGUGAGUUGUGUACGUUCUCUGUGUAAAUAUCUGUCCUUUUAAAACUUUUGCUACUUAGCCGUCACUAAAGAAACUAGGAAAACGUGUAAUUCCAUGAAGUGUAAUUAACUUUUUAUUAAUUUGCUUGAGUGCAAACUUGUGUCAGGAGCUCAUCUUGGUUAUAAUUUAACCCCUUCUUUAUUCAAUAAGUCACACCCCCUCUUGUCUAUUAUUAACCAGUUUCCUAGUAACUCCAUUAUUUUCCUUAUUUGUAGACAAAUGGCUGUCUUUUGUUAACUACAGUCUGAAUUGUCUUUUUUUUCUCAAACCUUUUAGGCUAUAGUUGCUAAGCACAGUUAGGGCACAAUUUGAGUCCUCACCAGGUGAGAAAAGAAAACGUUUGAUUCUCCUGCUUCUGAAGCCCUGGGAGGAGAGAUGCUUGAAUAGAGCUGCAGC